UCCCGGAACAUUUUCAAUAGCGGCAAGUGAAGCAAACAGUUUGAAUACGUUGAAGAACAGGGGUGUACUGAAAUACACAUGUAACAAGAAGUUCAAAGACUGAAUCACGGAAGGAAAAACUGAAAAGCAAGCGAGAACAGACCCCUGUCGCCUAUUUGAAGACAUCGCUUGAACCGAGCAGCUGCGUAGUCAUUUGAUGCUGGACAAAUAUCAAUAGUUGGUUAACCAACUACCUUUAACUGUUCACUAGUCUUUAGCCUAUUAUCCUUACCGGCUCGCCAUGCUUUUGCAUCAGUUCAUGAACGGAGGCCUGGAAGUGAUGCAUUCUACAGCAAUUCAAAAAGACACUACUUUUACAAAAAUUUUCGUUGGUGGUUUGCCCUACCACACUAACGAUGCUUCCUUGAGAAAGUAUUUUGAGGCCUUCGGAGAUAUCGACGAGGCGGUGGUGAUAACGGACAGACAGACGGGGAAAUCCAGAGGAUAUGGCUUUGUGACGAUGCUAGAUCAGGGAGCAGCAGAGAGGGCCUGUAAAGACCCCAACCCUAUCAUCGACGGACGCAAGGCCAACGUAAACCUGGCUUACAUAGGCGCCAAGCCCCGCAGUAUGCAGAUAGGUGAGCCGACCAGGGGCAUAUCCAUUGGAGUGCAGCCUAUUCACCCAGCGCUCAUGCAGAGGCAGUAUGGGUUGGCCCAGCAGUAUGUGUACCCCCAGGCCUACCUUCAGCCCAGCCUGGUGCUCCCCUCUCAGGUGUCCUCCUCCGUCAGCUCCCCCUACCUGGACUACAGUGCCGCUUACGCCCAGUACGCGCAGGCCGCCUUCGAGCAGUACCCCUAUGCCGCCUCCCCAGGGUUCCUGGGCUACGGCUACGCCCCCAGUCCUGCCGCCGCCCCCUCCCAGGCCUCCGCCACUGUUCACCAGACCCUCCCCACAGGGGCAGGCCCAGCGCCCGCCUUCCUGCAGUACGCCCCCCAGCAGCACGUCCAGCCAGACCGCAUGCAGUGAGGAGAGGCAGGAUGCAGGGAGUCCUAUAGGCCGGGGGUGUCACCCUGGGCUGCCCAUGCCACAGCCAGGGCUUUCAGGGAAUGGGCUGAGAGAGGGACUAUUGCACUGUAGCAUCAGGAUGAACCCCCUCCUCGUGGGUCUGGAGAGGAAGUGGGAGAGUUUUGAUGACAGGGUGGGGUGGGAGGCUAGAAUAAAACACGUAGUCACUGAGGGCUUCCAGAUGCAGACACUUCAUUUUUAUUAUUACUGUCUAUCUUUUAUUGUAUCAAUGUUAGUAUCCUUUUAUUAUCAGUGUAAUUAUUAUAUAUUUUUGUUUCAAUCAACAAAAAAACCACGCUACAUACUUGUAUUUGAAGAGAGCGAAGGGUGUUCUUACCUGGACAUUGACCCCUCAUCCCCCUCCUCUUUGCCAGGGCAUGGGUUAAGUGAAGGCACUGCUGCUUGGAUACAUAGUGGUUGGGCAUUUGGUGGGAGGCACGGUGCCAACUGUUUCCAUCCACACCAGAGGUGAGGACUCUGCCCUCUUAUACACCCCCAGUGUUACUGCUCCAACACCAUGGGUGGUCAUGAUUCCCUCUGGGCCUUUCAGAGGUCAUCAAGGACUAAAUGGAGAGCAAAGAGAUUCUGGGAUCCCCUUCUCUGAGACGAUGUGAAAUCGUUAGAAGUCAGGACUACAUUUUAAAAUAUUUUUUAUUAAAGAGGCCUUAAUAAAACUCCUGUUUUUACAAACACUUCCUUUUACCCCCUUCCUUAACUCACAUGGCCUGGGCUCUUCAUAUUUAUACCAGACACUCUUGUAGUCUAUUGACUCACUUUGUCUUGAUUAUUGGAGACAGAUGUAGAUAAUCAUAUGCAGUAAGUGGGAGGAGGGGUCAAAGAGCAUUGGGCGUUGACGUGCAAGGUAGCUGACACCAAUAACCAGUACCUGUUUGUUUUGUCUCGUAACUGUUAAUCUAAGAUUGUCAAAUGUUGAUCUCUCAAAAAGGACAUUCAUGUACAGUAUUUUUAAAUGUUUCAAUUAUCAAGUACAUUUACAAUAUUUAUGUUUAGGUAUUUAUAGGAAAUUCUAAGUUAAGGUUUUUGUAACUUGGUCUAAAUAGUUGCAGCACUGAAGUCCUAUAACUUGGUAAGUGUAUGUACAGAUCCACAAAUGUGUCUUUUAUUAAUUUGAUGAUGGACAUAUUUUUCUUUUCCAUUUUUCCUGGGAACCAAUGGAUUUUCCUGUAUGCACAACUCUAGAUGCUUUAGUUUCACAGGCUGCUGGCUGGGAUCAGACUCUGUAGACCAUUUCAGCAAAAUGUAUUUUCCAGUCCCUUCAAAGAAGCCAUACCAAAAAAAUCUUGAAAAAUAAAGAAUUUUGUAUAAUAAAAAAAAAAAAAA